AUGAUUCGAAAGACGUACAAAAAUUUCAACGAGCCCCGAGACAGCGACAAGACGUUGAACCUGUGCUUCCUGGUUCACCCGAGCUACUACACAGUGCUGGAGUUGGAGGAAGAAGAUUUAAUAAACAAUGAAAUACGGCACAACUUCCUGCAGCUCGCAAGAAAAAUUAAUUUAUAUGACAAAACAGAGCCAAAGAAAAAUUACAAAAAAACAGAUAACCUAGCCAGAGAGCUAAGUUAUAUCAAAAGCUGGGAAUUACUAAAGCACACGUAUAAAUUUAAGAUGCCCAUUUUAUUUCAAAAUUUACAGAAAUUUAAUUUGCACAAUCAUGAGGUGAUUAAUUAUUUUUCCAUAAAUUACUACGCGAGGAAAAGAAACCUAGUGAGGAAUAAAACAAUGGCAACGGUACAUAAGGACAGGUGCUUUAUCAUCGACACGGAUAUGGUGUACUCCAUGACCCCAGAGUAUAUUGCCAAGAAUAUCGGGCAUAGCUUAAUUCCGGUGGAGAAGAAACAAUUUAGGAGGAGGCCAAGGGUUAGAAGGGAGCGAGCGCUGCCUUUGAGUGAGAGGAAGAAGAGGCGUUACAAUGAAAAUGUGUUGGUGCGGAAGGACAGCGGAGAGGAAGAAGUGGAGGAAGUGGCAGAAGUGGAGGAAGUGGCAGAAGUGGACGAAGUGGCAGAAGUGGACGAAAUGGGCGAAGUGGCAGAAGUGGACGAAAUGGGCAAAGUUGGCAUAGCGACACACGUAGGCGAGGUACCGAGCGCGCCCACUCCAACGAACAAGGGGGACUCAGACAAAGUGCUAAUUUACCUGGACCCCUUUUGCGGGGCGGGCGGAAAUAGCCUAAGCAUGUCCCACGUUUUCACCAUCUCGUCAGACAUAGAACUGGCCAGAGUAAAGGAAUGCCAACAUAAUUGCAAAUUUUAUAAUAACAACGUAGAUUUUAUUGUGUGCGAUUUUUUUAAUAUAGUAAAUUUAUUUAGGGAAAAUACAAUCGACGUAGUUUUUUUGAGUAUUCCCUGGGGAGGACCAUCAUACAAAAAGAAAAAAAAUUUCAAGUUAAACAGCCCAGGGAGGAAGUUAACUGUAUAUUCCUGUUUGAGGGAGUCCUUGAAGUUAACAAAAAAUGUAAUUUUUUAUUUGCCUCGAAAUGUGCGUAUGGCUGAUUUGUAUGGCUUAUUUUGGUACUACCAGAAAUUGGCCAAUGGAAAGAAUAAAGUAAAAAACCAAAGCAUUUCGAAUGAACUUUUCAUCGAGCUGUAUGCCAACAGAGUGAGGUGCCUAGUGGACGAACAGCAAGACAAUUCUCUGCAGAAUUUUCACUAUUUUUUUAACAAGCAGGCAGACAUGCCGAGCAACGAGUUUGACAUUGGGAAGCAGGGGAAUCUGUUCAGCGUCAACAUAGACAAGUGCAACCAGUUUUUGACUCUGCCCAAGGCGCAAAGGAGGAAGAAGAAGAAGAAGAGGACCGUUGGGCAUGUGGAGGAUAUUUACAGGAUUAGCGUGGGGGGGGAGAGAAGUGAGGCCAAGGCGGAGGCGAAACGGGAGGGAGGCACAAAAGGGGGUGGCACAAAAGGGGGAGGCACAAAAGGAGGAGGUGGUACAGAAGGAGAAGGAGGCACAAAAAUCGAAGUCCAAACGGGUGCCCCAAUCGAAGAAGGCGCAACAGUCGAAGUCCAAACGGGUGCCCCAAUCGAAGAAGGCACAGAAGUCCACGCCCAAACGGGUGCCCCAACCGAAGAAGGCACAGCAGCCCACGCCCAUCGUGGCAGGAAGAAGAAGCGCGCGUCGCUGUGGAAGUGGCACAACACGUGCAUGGUCGUAUACCUGGGGAAAAUAACCAAAGUGCUAAAAAAAAACAAAACGAUCAACUACAACAGCAUAUACUACCUGCACAAGGAGUUAUCCAAAUGUACCAUGGAAAAGGUGAAAAAUAAAGGCGAGACGAAUUUUUCCCUGUACAGGCAUUUAUGUAAUAAAAAAAAAAACGUCCUUCACAAUAUCACGAGGAAAGUUGAAAAGAGGGAAAUUUGUGUGAAUAAAAAUGAAAGGACGUAUAACAUUUUAAUUAACCACAGAAAUGUCUCCUUCCUAAAUUACUUUAUUGAUAAAAAAUUAAACGAACUGAUGAGCAACAUCCUUGGCCUUUUUUUUAAAAAUGUAAAAAAUAUUAUGGGCUAUGAAAAAGUCAGCUUUUUAAAUAAAGUUUUUAUUAACUUGGACAAUUCCAUGUUUAACGCUUUGACGAGAAGAUUGACCAUGGGACAUAACGUAAAAAAAUACGAAACGUAUAUUUAUUCGGACAUGUUGGGUAAAAGUUGCGGGCUAUACGUCAUAACAGAUUACUUUAACAUGAUUUUGAGUGAAAUUAAAAAAGUGGUGAUCAUUCUGUUUGGCAUAUAUCUGCACGAUAUCAGUUUUAUGAAAUAUUUUUUUAAAUUUUACAAAGCAAAAGUGCCAAUAAAAAAAUUGAGAAAUAAAAAAAAUUUUAAAAACAUCCACUAUACCAUUGUUCGACUGCUGUUCAAAUUUGUCCUCUACAUUGAUUUGUUUAAAAAUGUGUUAAGCAAUAAUAUCAAGUUGGAGGAAUUUUUCAACAAAAAUGUUGUGAGCACCGGGCUGGCGAAUUUAUUGGAACAUUUGGACAUUGCAAACAAUGACUAUAACUUUAUUAGGCAUAAAAGUAAAAAGGACUUUUCCUUUUCUUUUAAAAAUUUAAUCAAAAAUUUUAUUACCCUCUCCGUUAACAUGGAGAUGAAUGGAAAGUUGAUACUCACGGAGGAGAUUACCAAUUUGUAUUUUCGAUUUUUGUUCAACGUGUAUGAUCCGAAUGUUCUCCUAUACGAACUGCAGAGUAGCCUUUACGAAGAGCAAGGGGAAGACGAAGACCAGGUGAAGUGCUACCAGUGGCAUUUGUGCCUUUCCACGGUGAACUUCCUCACCAAGCAGUUUUUUUACAACAUGAACAUAAUGUCCUUCCUGGAUUAUUUCAAUUCGCUGAUUUAUUUCUACUUCAACCAGAUGUAUGUUUUGUCCAAGUGCCACCGGAAUUAUUCAAAUUUGUUUGUGGCCCGUUUGAAUAGUUUCCUCUACGACAGUUUUUGCGUCAAAAUUUUGUAG